GGAGUCUUUUGUCAGAGCGUUUGUGCGUAAAGGAAGGUGGAUUCACAACGGCGUUCAAAUAUUUCGUGUGGAGUUUCUUUCUUGACUGUGAUUACGUUUUUAUUUGAUUCUGAGCUCAGGUUUUUUUUGCAUAGUGUGCGGCCAACGAACUUAUCGGUCGAUAGAGAUUGAAUAAAGAUGAUUGGCUAUUUUCGGGAAUAACAUCAAGUGGUGUUUUGACUACGUUCAAUCGUGUUUGAAAAAAAAUGAAUAAUUUGCUGACUGGGUUUCCAAACAGAGGAGAAGUUUGUUGAGAGAUAGCCUCAGAGUGUUUAUUUGUGACAUCAAGUUUCAAAGGAAAUUGCUGAAUUUGAAUUAAUCGAACGUGAAGGUUUUGUUGCAGUGAACUAAUACUUCGAACGACGGCGAACGACCAAAAGUUUAAAGCCGGGUAUAAAUAAAAGACCUUACUCCGAACAGAGGUGUCACGUCUACAAAUUGAAGCUUAUUAAAAUCGAACCCCAAAAACGGCACUCCAAAAGUGGAACACCGGCUAUGUUGUGUAAUAAUAGUGCCGUGGGCCCAGUAGAUUAACAGACCAAGUCGGUGACGAUACACUGAGCUCGUUUCAAACAACGCGACGCAUUUAAACAAACCGCCUUGUUGGUUAAAGUUUAACGUAGAAAGUAACGACGAUAUAUUCCAAUGAAACAUGGUUAACAAAGCCGAAAGUAAAUCCAAAUCGGCGGAAGUGAACGAUACACAUUUAUUCGGUGAAAUUCCGGGAGGGGUAGCCACUGAAGACAAUGGAUCACCCGUCAAAAUUUCAUCACCACGUUCCAAGUCUAAUUUACACACCGAGGAAAUAGACAAUGAUGAAAGUUCAGGAAUUGCAAGUACUGUGAGCAGCAUCAUGAACAUCGACACCGAACAAGGCAUUAACGUUAACGAAACCAAUGGUGACUUAUUUACGUCAACACGCGGUGUAAUCGAAAGUGCUCUAUCGAUCAACGGCACUGAAAAUGCUUCCGGUGGCGCUCAACAGGAUAGCCUCCGGACUGUUGUGAUUGACAUCGAGAGUGAUGAAGACAAUCACGGCACCGCAAUGAGCUACGCUGAUGUGGUACAACAACUUCACACGACCUUCGCCAGUGGAAAGACGCGAAAUGUGGAAUUCAGAGAGAAACAGCUUAAAAACCUGCUGCGUAUGUAUGAGGAAAACUCCGCUGAAAUGGUCAGUGUGUUGGCCGCUGAUUUGAGGAAACACAAACAGGAGGCUCAUGUACUGGAAAUUGAUUUUCUCAUUAACGAUAUCCGCAACACUAUUUAUAACUUUCGCGAAUGGGCUAAACCAGAAAAACCAGAAAAGACCAUGGUCAACAUCAUGGAUGGAGUAUACAUCUAUAAGGAUCCAUACGGUGUAGUUUUGGUAAUUGGUGCCUGGAACUACCCACUGCAGUUGACAUUGGUUCCCGUGGCAGCAGCCAUCGCGGCAGGGAAUUGUGUACUUAUAAAACCAAGUGAAGUUGCCGUAGCUACAUCCAAGUUCAUUGUUGAGACAAUCCCAAAGUAUCUAGACCCGGAGUGCUAUAGGGUGGUUGAAGGAGGCGCAAAGGAAACUUCGGAAUUGUUGAGGCAAAAGUUCGAUUACGUUUUCUACACCGGUUCCGGUCGGGUGGGAAAAAUCGUACAUCAGGCUUGCAAUGAAAAUCUCACACCUUGUACACUGGAACUGGGCGGCAAAAGCCCAUGCUAUAUUGACGGUACGGCAGACAUUUCGAUCGCUACAAAACGGAUUCUCUGGGGUAAAUUCAUUAAUGCGGGACAGACAUGUAUAGCACCAGACUAUUUGCUGUGUUCAAAACGGGUACAGCGACAGUUUGUGGAAGAGGCAAAGAAAAUUUUAACAGAAUGGUAUGGCAACAACCCAAAGGAUAGUCCCGAUUUGUGCCGGAUCAUUAACCAACAACAUUUCCAACGCCUCAGUGCCAUGAUCAAGGGAGCCAAUGUUGCGAUUGGUGGAGAAACAGACUCACAAGAGAAGUAUAUUGCUCCGACGAUCCUUGUCGAUGUAGACCCAAGUGACCCAGUGAUGCAGGACGAAAUCUUUGGACCAAUUCUACCGAUCAUCAACGUCGAUAAUGCUUAUGAUGCUAUUCGUUUCAUCAAUUCGAGAGUAAAACCCUUAGUUCUGUACAUCUUUACAACGAAUAAGAAAGAACAAAGAAUGCUGAUCGACGGCACUUCGAGUGGUGGGAUUUGUAUCAACGACACUAUGAUGCACGCGGCAGUACGACACUACAGAAUUUUGAAUUCAUUAAUAACUACUCAAGAUUAAAAUUAAAUGGGGAAUAACAUAGGAAAAAUUUGGAUAAACUUAACUAAUAGUUCUGCUAACAAUAUUAACCAUUUUUCUUUGACCGUGUACGAUAUCGAAUUAUCGCUAAAUUUCUUUAAAAUAUGUAGACAAAUAUAGAGUUUUCAUUUACGUACAUGUAAUGUGUGGAUAAACUUUUCAGUAUUUAAUGCAAUUUCACGAUUAGUUUUGUUUUAUUUUGGUGGUAUGUUCGACUAUUCUAUUUGUAUCAGAACCAUUUGUUGCGUAGUUUCACCCAUGUAACCGUUUUUGCGAGCAAAUAAACUUGUAGCCUUAGUAAACAUUGAUCUUAGCAAUUAGAUUUCAUAUCACAAAUUACUCUACAUUCCCAGAUGCUGAUAAGUUUGUGGAUAUCAAAUACAAUUUUAAUGAAAUCUGCAAUCCCCGAAAUGAUACAAAAGUUUUACAAAAGCCAUAUAGCUCUAAAUGCCAACCGAAAUGAUAGAAUAUCAUUCAAUUAAGGCUCACCAUACACAGGUUUAUCUAUUGAUGGGACAAAAAAUAAAUGCAGGCCAAUUACAUAUCAGAUGGUAUGAAGUUACGUAAUUAUAUUCAUAAAAAUCAUAGCUUCGUACUGAACAGUAUGCAUAUGACAAUCGAGUUUGCAAUGCUCAAUGAGUGCUCUGAUCAGGAUAAUGCAUUGCUGCUUGCGAAAAAAAACACAAAAGUGAAAUAGCUGAUUAUGGAUCAACGAAACAGCUCAUUGUACUCACUCUUGCUUACUUAUAAACCAAUUCUAAAAUUUCAGAAUGACCAGGACAUAAAAAAGUAGUAGGCAUCAUUCGAGGUCCUAAGAUCUUCGAUUAGAGUGGUGUACCUUUUACUAGCCACUGCAUUCUUAGAGCAAAUUCAGCAGCUAGAAGCUCUAUAUGGAAGAUCUAUAAUAGAACAGAAACUGGAACAAACGUAUCCCCAGCAAGCCGUUCUGAUUUUAUUUAUUCGACCAGUUUUACUGUCAAAUUUAAAACUGGUCUACGAUGCCGUUCUAUUUUUUGUAUUUUUGAAACACGAGUAAAACACUGCUGGGGCUGCCAGUUCUUCUUGUUAUAAAAUCCAGAUUUAAAUUUUGUAACUGACAUAAAUUAUGCAUCUAGAACUAGAACACUACUGAAUAUGCCCUGAAUCGUCUCAUUUAUGAGAGUCCAUUAGAUAGAAUGAGAUUUUCUAUUUCUAUUCAAUACAUUUGCUCAGAGGUGAGAAUGUAUGAAAAAAGGCGGGUGGGUAAUGUCAGAGACAUAACUGGAUGUCGUGAAUACGAAAACAACUGACAUGUUCCUUAACACUUCCGAAUAUCAAUUAGUUGAUCAAUUGUAUGAGUUAUGAAAGCAUUCCCUUUUUUCACCUUUUUCACAGAAACAAAGAAGGCUUCACUUGAUCACGAUUACUGUGAAUUUCACAUAGCGAAAAGUGCACAAAUCUAAUCAACUUCAACCGGACAUAUGUGAGUUUCUUAAAAAACAGUUCUAGAUUUGCACUAAACUGAGGGUUUUUACCUUCGAUUUGCGAAGAAGAAAUUCUAAUAGUUCUUUAAGAAACUUCUAGAGCCAUUAGAACGGCUGAUUUUGUGUGAUGCUUCCCACCGUUGUCCUUGUUUUUCCACCGAUGCAAACGACUAGCAGCUGUGACGUAAUCGCUCUUGUCGGAAGCGAAACUAGCUUUGCAAACGACACACAAUACAUCUGCUCGCAGUGGUGAAAGAAUCCAAACUGAUCCAAUUUUUGUUAAGAGGUUUCUUUUUACGUGAUUUCGUUUGUAGCUUUUUCACUAAUGGGCGGUCCUAACGGCUAUAAAAAUAGCAGCAUAUAAAAUUUUAAUGUCGAUUAUUUCGUUUUGGAUUUGCAUUUAAUUUAAAGAAACUAUCAGCAUGCUGUACGGGAUUCAUUCCUGCCUUUCAGAAGGACCAAAUUGUGGAACUCACUACAAUACUAAGCACUGUUCGGAACAUUUUUCUCGAACGAUUUGUUGCACAGCAACAGAUAUUUUGUUCUCUUCCUCAGAACGCGUUCUGAUUGGCUGGUGUUGACAUGGGUCAAAUGAGACAAGUUUUUCAAUAGUGAACUAUUGAAAUACUUCAAUGCUGUUUCUAUACACGCUUAAGUUGAAAAAUUUCGAUUCUAUUGGUAGUUAGAUUAUAUAAAUUAUUUCACAGAUUACUGAGCUAUGAGCUUUCAAAAUUCGAGAAAAGCGAACGCGCCUUAUGAAUUACCCUCUUUGAUACUCGUUUAUACCAACCAUUUCAGAAAAGUUUAAUUUUGAAUUAUUUGAAAUUUUGUCACACAACUGAAAAUUUUAUCAUAAAAUUGUGAUCAUAUUUCCGAUGGCUUGGAGCAAAAAUUAUGUUGAUUCGUUAGAUACAACAAGAGAUAUUCACGAUCAAAAACUUAUCACUCUCUCAGAUGGUAAAUUUUGAAAAGGCGCCCCAUAGUAAAGUAAGUCGUAUUCACGGCAAUAACUAUUUUCUUUUCGAAUUUGAACAUUUUACACAUUUUUUGCGAGAUAGUCAGCCAAAUAAUGUAGUAACAAGCGUGAUAACCUUUGAUACAUUACACAUGUAUGAUUGCCAAUCAGUCUGACGGUUUUAAACAAAAAUAAAUUUAUAGUAAAUUUCUCGCUGAAGUAUCGAUUGUACACAAUACAGAAACGAGAAGAUGUGUUUCUUCUUGGGACACAGUGAAAAUAUUCACUUAAUGAAUGUGAUUACUCUAAUCUCAUUCCACGACAGUAGACACAAUACCCAUACGGAGCCUAAACAGAUAAUCGUCGUUCCAAACAAAGAAGGAUAACUGCAUGUGAGAAUUAGAUCAUAGGAGGCGAGUAAAUGCUCAUCCCUGAUAAUCGUUUGAGACCACAAGCGAAUGUGGCUAAUGGAACAGUAUAACAUAUGUUAUAUGAUUACUGUUCCAAAGCCCUGUAACUUUAAGACGGUAUGAAUAAGCUAAUGCAUUUUGUUUUAGAUACACAUGUUGAGGUUCAAUGCACAGGAGUGCAACGAAAACAGAAAUAGGAGCUGUUUUAAAAGCUCUCAUCGUUGCCAUUAGGAUCAUCCUUUGAAGAUGAUUUAUUUGGUCGCAUUGUUUCCUUCCUGUCAACAUACAGGGCGAUUCUUUUUUGAGUCAAGGACUAAUCCGAGGUAUUUGUUCGAAGUGCGCAAAAUUUUCAAUUGAACAUUCGAUCGAUUCAAGCGUCACUAUUAAAUCUGUUCUGGUCAGAGAUCAAGUAUAUGCCAUAUGGGACUACUAAUCAGAGAUGUCCAUCUCUUCUGUGUGACGAAGAGCAAGAAAAAUUUCUCCCCUCGCACUGACAACUUCACCGAGAGCUCUUCUCUUUCACAUAUAUACACCACUGUUGUAUAAAGUGUGCACGUAUAAUGAGUGCGUUUGUUUAUUUCACCUCCUCCACUGAAUCGCACCAAAGUGCUAGAGCAUUAGCUAAUAAAUUCUCUGAGGUGGAUGCAGAUACUUUCACAGAGGUUUACUCGCCGGUGAGCACUCUGGUGUAUGGUUUGCGUAGAAGAAAAGUGGGCACGCAAAAUCAGCAAAAUAAAACAAUUUAUCGUUAAAUUUUCGGUUUCCAUUGCAAAUUUUUCAUAGCAAGGCCAGAUCUACUCUCUAUUAAUUGAAGUUCACAGAAGUGUUCGCUCACCAUCACGCGCCAGUGAUCACUUGGGUGUAUUUAGGCGAGAGCACGUGAGAGCGAUUCGUGCGAAGAGAAUGCUAUUCUUUCGCACCAGCUUCUUUCAACACAAGCACGCACUCAAAGUCUGUCUGUCUGGACACUGAGAAGAAGUGCGCUUUCCUCUUUGUGUGGAGCGGAGCAAAUGUAUCCGCAGUGUAUAAUUGAAACCUACGCCCUGGUGUAUCACUCUAGUGAAAUGAGUACUAAUAUGAUAAAAUAUAGCUUUUUGAUCAUUUGUUGCUUUAAAAAUAUUUAUUUCUCGUUAAGGGUCAACGUUUCAGAGGUUUUUUUUUCAUUCUCAGGCCAAAGCGACUACAAUUAUUUUUUGUCAUGUAGGUUGCAACAAUAAAUAGAACUGAUGCGAAAACGACUAAUUCACAGCAAACACUUUCAACUCAGAUUGAGCAUUUAAUUGUUUUUUCUUAGAGAUGAAAAAACUAACCUUUGAAACGUUGACCGUUAACGUGAAAUACAUAUCUUUUAAGCAACAAAUGACCAAAAAAACAUCUUUUAAUAGUUCUUUCGACUUUUUAAAAAGUUAGUAAAGACAGAUAUGGUUUUCAUAGGCGGCUGUCCCUCUUUAGAAGCCCGGUUUUCCGGAUACGUGUCUCCGGUGGCAAUCGCUCUGAACUAUUCAUAAGCACUGUUGAACAAUAUCCGAAGAAUACAGAUUCUGGAAUAAUACAUGAAAUAAGCAUCAUAUUUUGUUCUGAAUUGAACAGAAUCUAUUUCGUUUCGGCGACAUGAAUUGGUCUUCAGUGUGUUGCACAAUAUUGUUGUCUUUUACCACAUGUAGCCUCUGAGUCAAUUCUAGGUUAAAAUAAUUUCACUGAAUGUUACUUGUUUGGUGGUGAACCGUAGAGCUUAUAAAUACCAAGUAAUAUCAAAGAGAAAUUUCAAAAUAUAUUACCAAAUGUUUCCACAAUUUUUUUGUGUUGUUCAGAUCAGUAAGAAAUCAUUAUUUCUUUAAUUUCACUGAGUGGUAGUCACAAGUCUAAUAUCUAAUAUUAAUCACAAUUAGCACACCCAUAUUCGAGUCAGUUUGUGGAGUUUUUCAUUCAUUUGUCAACUUAUUCUUGCUCAUUUAAAUUAUGGAAGGAGCGCUCUGCUCUCUUUAUUUCGCAUGUUGAUCUGAAAACGUAGAAUGGAUAUUGGUCCGUUUUAAUACUCUUAAACAUGCUUGCUCGAUUUGCAUACAAUUUCUGAAGCGGAAAAGUUCAUCUUAAAUAAAGCAGUUAUAUGAAACAUUUCAACGCUUAAAUCUAAAAUCAUUGAUUUGCAUAUAUCAACAAAAUAUUCACUUGGGCACUAAACAUGCUCCCCGUACAUUCACUCUUUUUAUUUUCAUUGUUUUGUACCAUGACAUUCAGAACGUUUUUUCUCAUUAGUUGAUAAUCCUAAAAUUUCAAACUCGAUACGUGGCGUAGCCAAAAAGUCAGCGAAAUGUUCGUGUUAUUAUUUUUGUAAUUGGUUUCCAUUCAUUUUUAUUUGGUUCGGAACCAUCACUCGACUACGCCGUGGAAUAAUAAUAAAUACGAAACUAAAAUAGUCAAUUGUUUUGCUCAUAUUUAUGUAAUUUUUUGCGAUAUUUCUGUAAUAUUUUCCU